AUGCCUCCCAAGACUUCGGCAAGUGCUCGCAUGCUCGAUGCCCUCCAAUCGUUCUUUCUCGUGAUCGCAACCAUCCCCCGAUGGCGACACCUCGACGAGAAAAUAGUUCAACGCAACAAACUUGCCCUCAGAGACUCUACAAGAACCAUCUACUCGUGCGCCAACGCCGAGAACUUGCGCGAGUCGAUUCAUCUCGGCGAUGACCUGUUGCGGUGGAUAGGCAAGGAUGGCAAAAAAUACGACGGGAGGCCUGAAGAAAUCCCCCUCGAUUUCUUAGAGUCAUCUGCUCUAGGUCAACCCGCCCCCCUCCUCGCUCGACUCCGUCCCUCCUGCAAGAAGCUACUCACUGACCAGGCCGUCCUCAAGAAGUAUCUCACUCUCGACGGCGGCGACGAUAACGAAGCAGCGCCCAGCAAACGAGUCACGAUCAAGCAGGAACCCAGCAGCCGUCCUCCCAAGCGCAAUAUCCCUGAAGACGAUGAGUCGAACCACUCCCGUCCAGGCCCCGCGACCAAGAAGUCUCGGGCUGACUCGUCUUCCACUCAGCCUCCCACAGAUGCUCGUCCACCAGCACCCCGCAGUACCGCACAAACGAAUUCUCAGAAGGGCGACAAGCAAUCAACCAUUUUCAAACCGACCCCAGUCAAGCUCCCUCAAACCCCUCAAAAUUCGGAAACCGCCCAACAGGAUCGUGACGAAGACGAGUCCGAAAGCGACGAUGAACCACCCCCAGCCACCCAUUCUCGUUACCGACCGAUCAGAUCACCGUGUCGCGACGAUCUGCCUUCUACUGACCCGUCUCGGGAUCUCGCUGACCUCAUUCAGCUACACGUCAAUCAGACCGCGAGGAUUACCGAGGUCCAAGGUCACUGUCGGGUUCUCAUGGAUUACUACACCAGGGAAAGAAAUUUCUACCGCAUGCAGCUCGAUGAGCUUAAGAAGACGGUCGACGCGCGAGAAUCCGAGGUCGAAGGGUUGAGGCAGCAGGUACAGCAGAUUCGUCGGUACCUAGGGUUUGGGCAAGACUCGAAACAGCCGCCUCAACACCAUUCUCAGCACCCUCCACGUCCCCAUUCUGUUCCUGCCGUCGCCCCAGGCCAUUCUGCACAUUCUGCAGACUUCGUCGUACCCCAGGGACUCUCGAUGCAUCCGCCGCAACCCACCACUCCGCAUAUUCCCAACAAUACGCCUCCCACUUCGCUCCAGAACAUGCACGCCAACACCAACAACUUCGAAAACUCCAACAACUUUGGAAGUUCUAUGGAGUUCCAAGGCCAGUUCGCCAAUGGCUCCUCUUACCCUCCAUUUCCUUCUAGUGCCCCACCCCAGGACAGGAUGUUCGACGUGAACAAUUUAAACCCACUCGAUCCCAAUUUCAUUCCUCAGAACCAGAAUGGUCCUCCUCUCACUCUCCCCCAACAGGAGCCUGGGUCUAUGUAG